UCUACACACUCACAUACCUAUAUGGAUAAAGAUGGAGGUGGAAGAAACAAGACGCGGCACCUCCGGCUCCAUAUGUCGAUACGGCGAGUGUCCCGCUGGAGUAAACGGCACGUUGUUCGUACCAGCAGCGCCUAUUUCCCUUCUGGGAAACGUCCGAAGAAAGUUCAACAAUGUCUUUGGGAAAUCGACGAUGUAUCCAACAGUUCGCGCCAAGAACGUUCGAAACGUCGUCAUAAUUCUAGCGUAUUACCGAUCUGGUUCCUCGUACACCGGAUCGGUUUUCAAUACGCACAAGGACGUCAUGUAUCUCUUCGAACCGCUGUAUAACGUGCAGAAGGGGUACAGCAACGCGAAAGCCAACUCAGUGAGCGCGAAGCUCAGGCGCAUACUUCAGCGCAUAGUCGAUUGCAAACUCGACGAUUACGUCGACGAUUUUAGAAUCAAUCCGAGUUUUCUAAAGCGUUCGCGUGCAGUGACUCACGCGGAGAACUGCUCGUACGUGUUGCACGCGCGCAAGGUAUUCAAAUGCGCUUCGUUUCCUUCUGCGUUGACGAGGUACGAUCGGCGUGCGGCGGCAUCACGGACUAGUCAGCAGCGGAGAAAGCUGCCAGCUGGGCUAAAAUCAAUUUCACUCGGCGAGCUGUGCCGCAGAUACGACACUCUGGUGCUGAAGCUCAUACGAGGCGACAUAGCAGAGAUCGAGCCGUUGCUAGGGCAACGCGGCAAGCGAAUCCGUGUGAUUCAUCUUGUGCGCGAUCCGCGAGGGAUGCUGCGCUCGCAGAAGUCCAUCCUUGGUCCGCGCUUCGGACUACAUGAGUCCGUCAACGUGUCCAUGCUGGAGCAGGCGCACGAACUCUGCGACCGCAUGCUGCGCAACCUGGUGGCUGCCGACAGACUCAACAGCCGACGAGGCGACGUCGUUAUGACGGUGCGCUACGAGGACAUGGCGACGGAUCCACACGGCGUCGUCGACGGCAUGUUUAAGUUUGCCGACAUCGCGAUGUCGAGCGACGUACGGAGACUGCUAAUGAUGACGGCGGCGAAAGCGAGGAUGUCGAGAGAGGACGCCUACGGUACGGUGAGGAAGAACAGCACGAAGACGGCGUACGCGUGGGAGAAGGAGGACGCGAGUUUUCUACGGCCGAUUGAGUAUGCAUGCGGCGAGUUUCUGUCGAAGGCUGGAUACCCGGUGACGUCGUCGUUGUCGGCCACCGAGCAGAGCCCGAGAGAAAGAUGAUGUCUUCCUAGCAACGAUGAAGCCAUUCCUAGGAGAUCCGGCGCUUCACUGUCUGAUAGCGGGUGUUUUCUUCGCAAUUAUUGGUUUUUAUUUUUUUA